UUUUUUUUUUUUUUUUUUUUUUUUACAGAGAUGAUGGGUAUGAAGAUGGUACGUGGAAAAGCUUGGAUCGCAGGUUGCAUCCUGGUUGUGCUGGUCACAUUUUGUGGGCGAACUGCUGACUGCCAGAAUCAAAACCAAGGCUUGAAAGAGCUGAGACUCAUUGUGGUCGGAAAAACUGGAUCAGGAAAGAGUGCCACUGGAAACACCAUCCUGGGACGUACAGACGCCUUUAAAGUCGAUGCAUCACCUGAAUCUGUGACUGGUAGCUGUCACAGACAAGAGGUAGAAGAUGGUGACAGAAAGAUUGUCGUGAUCGACACACCAGGGCUGUUUGACACAAGCAAAACACAAACAGAAGUGAAAGGUCACAUUGAGAAGUGUGUUAGACAGUCAGUUCCUGGCCCCCACGCUUUUCUGUUAGUGCUCAGUCUGAAAUCAAGAUUCACACAAGAGGAGAGGGACACCGUGAAGUGGAUCCAGGAUAAUUUCGGCUCAGAUGCUUUAAUGUACACCAUAGUCCUGUUUACUCAUGCUGACUUACUGGGAAGCAAAUCUGUGGACGACUACGUGGCAGAGAGUCUCCAUCUAAAACGACUGAAAAACCAGUGUGGAGGAAGAUACCAUUCGCUCAUCAACGACCAGAGAGCAAGCAGAUGCCAAGUCAGAGAACUUUUAGAUAAGAUAGACAAAAUGGUGAAAGACAAUGGAGGAAGUCACUACACUAACGAGAUGUAUGAGGAGGCCCAGAGGAAAUUAUGGGAGGAAGAAGGCGCACACAGAAAGAUUCCUUGGUGUAAAGUAUCAAAUAUUGUUUCCACAAUAGCUGCUGUUGGAACAACGUGGUUUAUGCCACCUGUAGGAUUCAUAAUGGCAGGAGCAGUCAAAGCUGCUGAAUUAGCUUUUUGUUAAAACCUUGUGACGAAAAGAGAAAGGUGGAAGAAGCUAUAAAUAAUGUCUACGAAUAAGCCAAAUAAUAGAUUUAAUUAGUCUAUAAUAAAAGGCCUGUCAGUUUCAUCUUAAAAUAAUAAAAAAAAUGAUUAUGCAUGCUUUCCGUUUAUUAGACAUGUGCUUCAUGCAUCAUUUUCUCUGUGUGGUAUUGGCUGACAAUAAAAAAUAUUUUUCACAACAAAGUCUGAAAUGCAGAUUCAUUCUUCUGACUUUUAUUUCCAAUUUUAUGUAUCUACCUAUUUGUCUGCAUGUUUAUGCUGCAGAUUCAGGACAUUAAAUAUCAACCAACAUAGAACCAUCCUCAUUUAUACUGCUGUCUGACAGGUUUUUAUAUU